CAUUAUAAUGAGUCAAGCUACAUUUUCAUUAUGCAUGCAAUAAUUCAAUGAAUAAUUAAAUCAUAUGAUAUGUACAGAAUUAGGUGGCAAAAGAGCUUUUACUUGGCACAUGCACAUUAAAAUUCUUUCUUCACAUAUCUUAGCAAUGUUAGAAAGUUGGGCACAUAAUACAGCAUCCCUGGAGCAUACGGGUUUAAGGACCAAGAGUGGCAGCUUGGUGAUAAUGGGGCUUAAGCUCCUGACUUUCGAUCAAUAACCCAGAAACCUUUACCACUGAGGCACUACUACUACUAUGUGUGACCCACACACACCCACCCCAACCUAUGGCCCAUUGAAAAUUGUCGUGAAACUGGUCCGUUGUGCAAAAAAAAAAAAUUGUUAUAGAGAGCAAAACACUUCAUUAUUACAUAAUCGGUUUUGAUUCAUUAGUGGGCCUGAGGUCUAGUGUGGUCUAGGAUAACCCAUCCAUAGAGUGUCUAUACCAAGGAUAAUUACACUGAUUACAUUUACAGCAUUUGACAGAAUCCUUUGUCCGGUGAUGAUACACCUGAGCAGUUAGGAAUAAAAAGGGGCCUUGCACAGGGGCCCAAGAGCUUGGCUGGGAUUUUAACUCAUGACCUUCUGAUCAGAAAUCUUAAACUAAUAUCUGACCUCAAAACCAAUUCAAUCCAUUGAUUUAAGAUCAUAAAUUGAAUGUUUUGUGUCAGUGUAUCUGUAUGAACUAGACUUGGAUACAAUCCUGAUCCUCUUUACCCUUAUACUGAAGAUCAGCUCCCACAAUUACUACAAAUGUGUACAUUUUUUAAUCAAAAUAUAUUUCCCUUUAUGAUUCAGUCCCAGUCUGGUGUAUUAAAGUAACCCGAAACGCGGUAUCCCGCGUCAUAAUGGUAUAAAUACGUCUUUUUUUAAGUUCAAAGACUCCAAAAUCUGCACAGAGUCUCUCCGAAGCGCGACAGUGACGAGCAGCAGCCGCCAUUUUGAAUGCGUUCACACUACACCUCGGCCAAAGCUGGAACUAUGCCGCGGGGCCGGCCUCGGAAACACCGGGAUAACACUGCCAAGGCAGGAGACGUGGCAGAGGAGCUGAGGGUGGAGAAUGCAAGCAGUGCUGAACAUCGUUGCAGCAUCUGCCCUCUUACCUACAGCACCGAGAACCAGCUGCUCAAACACCUCAGAGAGCAUGAAGCGAACGACAAGCCUCACCGCUGCGACAAGUGUUCGCAGUCGUACAACAUGGAGUUUAACCUCAUGCUGCACAAGUCGACCCAUAGCACAGCCGAGCCCACCUGCCCCGUGUGUGAGAAAAAGUUCACCCGUGUCGCCAGUCUCAAAUCGCAUGUCAUGGUGCACGAGAAAGAGGAGAAUCUGCUGUGCUCGGAGUGCGGCGAUGAGUUCGUGCUGCACAACCAGCUUGCCCUGCACCUCGAGGAACACCGGAGAGAACUCACUGGAACCCGAGUUUUUACUUGCAGAACCUGCAGAGCUGAGUUCCCCUCAGCCAGUCAGCUGAAGGAGCACAACCGCACCCAUGCAAAAAUCAGGCCAGUCUUGAGCAGCUCUCGGAACUACAAGAAGAGCAUUGAUCGCAGCGGUUUCACCAACACCUGCCAUCACUGUGGCAAGACGUUUAAAAAACCCAGCCAGCUUGUCCGACACAUCCGCAUUCACACGGGGGAACGGCCGUUCAAGUGCACACACUGUGGUAAGGCUUUUAACCAGAAGGUGGUGCUGCAGACUCACAUGGUGCGCCACACUGGCGAGAAGCCCCACCUCUGCAUGCUUUGCCCCGCCUCCUUCUCUCAAAAAGGAAACCUGCAAUCCCAUGUCCAGCGUGUGCACUCUGAGACCGCAGGUGUCCCUGUGUAUCCGUGUAUGGAUUGUAGCUGUGUGUAUAAGAAGCUAGGCAGCCUGAAUGCUCACAUCAGUAAAAUGCACAUCUCCAUCAUGGAGGUGGAGGAGACGCCCAGCACACAGGUAAACACCUACUCAAAUAAAGACAGGGUCAUUAUAAGUUAUACGCAUCCAAGUGUGCUCAUUGACUCUUCACUCACAUCCUGUUUCCUGAAGGAGGUGCAGGAACCAGUGCAGACAGGAGGUGGGACAGAAGGUGCGGAGGGCAUGACCGAUGUGAUCCAGCAACUGCUGGAACUUUCAGAGCAGGCAACCAGUGACAACGCUCAGGCUCCACCUCCUGGACAGGUUAUCACUAUGGAGACGGCUAUCAAUCAAGAUAUCUUACAGCAAGCCCUGCAGAACAGCGGUCUCAGUUCAAUCCCAGUUCAGCCGGAGGUUCAGGGCAACGCUGCAGUACCUCCACUCACCACAGAGGGCACUAACACCCACCCUGCUCACAGCCACAAACCCACUGGCACUUUACCACACAAACUGCUGAAAAAGGAAAAAAGGAACCUCUUAAAAAAGACUGUACAGAUACCUGGCACUAUCAGAGAGGAGUGUGGAGUACGCUGGCACGGUUGCCCAUACUGCUGUAAAGAGUUUAAGAAGCCGAGCGAUCUGGUGCGUCACAUCCGCAUACACACACACGAGAAGCCGUACAAGUGCGCGCAAUGUUUCCGAGCAUUCGCCGUGAAGAGCACGCUCACUGCACACACCAAAACGCACUCUGGCAUCAAGGCCUUCCAGUGUAACCACUGCAGGAAGAGCUUCUCUACCUCAGGCAGCAUGAAAGUGCAUAUGAGGCUGCACACGGGUGUUCGGCCGUUUCCGUGUCCACACUGCGAUAAGAUCUUCCGGACAUCGGGACACAGGAAGACGCACAUCGCCUCACACUUCAAAAAUCUGCAGCAGAAGAAGCACAAAUUUCCGCGCAAACCAAACCGAGCACGGGUCUCCAAACACAGCAUACCAAUUCCUGAGAUACAACUGCAGGAGCCUAUCCUCAUCUCUGACCUGGGUCUGCUGCAGAAUCAGAACUCGCGUGCCGCACUUCAGCAGUAUCUGGACAUCGUGGAGAACGAGCGGCCGUACAAGUGCACAUUUUGCAGCAAAGCGUACAAGAAGUCGAGCCACCUCAAACAGCACGUCAGAUCGCACACAGGCGAGCGGCCGUAUAAGUGCUUGCAGUGCAGUAAAGGCUUCGCGUCAUCGGGUGUGUUGAAGGCUCACAUCCGCACACACUCGGGCCUGAAGGCAUAUAAGUGCCUGCUGUGUGACACUACUUUCACCACCAACGGCAGCCUGAGGCGCCACAUGACCACACACAGCGACCUCCGACCCUACAUGUGCCCUUACUGCCAAAAAACCUUCAAAUCCUCUCCAAAUUGCAGAAAGCACAUGAAGACGCACAGGUAUGAAUUGGCCCAGCAGCUUCGACAGCAGCAGGGCUCAUCGGAAGACCCAUCUCUCGAAGAUCCAUUGGGAGGUGCCAGUACUGUGGUAGUACCAAUGGGUGGAACCGGUGAAGUAGAGGACCCAGUUGGUGGUGGGGCUAACACGGUACCUCAUGAGCUGCAGGUCGGAGCAACAGGACUGGCAGCUUCUAGUUCCAUUAUGGGGACAGGACCUCAGGCCAUGAUGCAAGUAGUGAGUGAAAACCAGGUGGUGGCACUUGGGGAAGCACCUAUGGUACAGGAUGCAGAGUCAUUUGUGACCACGCAGCACAUCAGCCAAUACGGGACACAGACCCUUCAACAGCCUGCAUAUGACCAACCUGCACUGACGCAAGGUUUCUCCAUCUCGGAAGGGUAUACCCAGCAUACUACACUUUCCUCGGUGCAACAGUUGCAGGAUUCGAGCACGCUCGAGUCGCAGGCACUAAACUCCACUUACACACAGAGCUUACUGAAUGUGCACACCACUGAGACGACAGUUUUACUACAGGAUUCAAAUCGGACGGAUUAUCAGGAUGAGGAUGACGAGGAGGAGAACAGCAAGAGGAAUUACAGGUGCAGCGUGUGUGAUAAAGGCUUUAAGAAGUCGAGUCACCUGAAGCAGCACAUUCGCUCACACACUGGCGAGAAGCCGUACGGCUGCAACCUCUGUGGGCGGAACUUCGUCUCCACCGGCGUUCUCAAAUCGCACCUGAACACGCACACAGGUGUGAAGCCGUUUAAGUGUAACGUGUGCGACUCCUCGUUCACCACGAACGGCAGCUUGAAUCGUCACUUGAUCAUCCACCAGAACACAAAGCCGUACCGGUGUACUGUGUGUGACCAGAGUUUCCGCACACACCUACUACGACGCAAGCACAUGAAGCUGUUCCAUGCUGUUGGGCCCAGAGUCCUGGACGGAGACGAAGAGACUGUGGAGGUUGAUGUCGGGGACCCCUCGCUGGCGAAGCGCAUCAGGUCCGGCAUCAUCACAUUCUCAGAGCAGCAGACGGCCGAGCUGGCGCAGAGCGACCCGGGGAAUGACGCUUCAGUGUCUGAGAAGGUCCUGAUCCAGUCUGCUGCAGAGAGAGAUCGCAUCAGUGAGAUCAAAGAUAAGAGCACGCUCGAUCUCGAGCCCAAGUUCCCUAAUCGCUGCCAGUUUUGCCCGAAGAGCUUUAAAAAGCCCAGCGACCUUGUUAGACACGUCCGAAUUCACACCGGAGAGAAGCCUUAUAAAUGCGAUGAUUGUGGGAAGAGUUUUACAGUGAAGUCUACGCUUGACUGCCACGUCAAGACACACACAGGCCAGAAGCUGUUCACAUGCCACAUGUGCAGCACAGCGUUUUCCACCAAAGGCAGUCUGAAAGUGCAUAUGCGUCUCCACACCGGCUCCAAACCCUUUAAAUGUCCCUACUGCGAUCAGCGAUUCCGCACAUCUGGCCAUCGCAAAACGCACAUGCAGUGCCACCUGAAGUCCGGCUCUGAGAACAGGAAGUCCAGACACUCGGCUCAGAGCCACAUCACUGCCCAGAAUGCACCUGGACAGCAGGCCCCGUCCACUGCACCCGAAACACUGCCUUCUGUCGGCCUUCUGCAUAGUGCGGGCAAUGACCCCAACAUCUACAUUCACGGAAACCCAGUCCUGACUGGACAGUAUGAUCCGAGCCUGCUGCAACAAGGCAUUGUCGGACAGACUAUCCUUCCAGCUACCAUGUCAGCGAGUGGUGACCUGACAGUGUCCCUAACAGAAGGUUUGGCCACGUUCGAGGGGAUUCAGCUGCAGCUCGCGCCAUCGGGCCUGCUUUGUCCCAACGUCCAGAUAUCUGGCAUUGACACGGCCAGUAUUAACAACAUCACACUGCAGAUUGACCCCAGUAUCCUGCAGCAGACUCUACAGAGCGGCUUAUUGAGUAUCGACUCCACUCUGUCGUCUCAGGCCAGUGCACACCUGCUGGCCAGUGAUGCUGCAGGACACGCUAACGUCGUGAUUCAGAACCCCAGCGUUUCCAUCGGCAACCUCACAGAGCAGGAACACACAGCCUCAGAACAGUUGGCUCAGGUGGUCGGAGCAACGGCGCUGGUGGGAAACGGGACUUCAGGAGCACAAGAGAUCACACUCACCAUCAGCAACCAACAUGCACACACUCUCCCUCAUACACAUCCAGACACACACACUCAUACCACCAAUACCAACUCACUGUCCAAUAGCAACCAGGAGAUCACGCUUACUAUAUCAGGUCAGGACCUGUUGCCACCACCUUGUACAGGCACAGGAGUAGAAAUGGGCGGGGCUUUGAGAUUGACCACAUCUCCCUCCAGCAGCAACUCUCUCACUCUCAGUUCCGAGCAGCUUCUAACACAAAGCAGCAUAGCAGUGACCACUCUGGCUCCCAGCACCUCUCUUUCUCAAAACAUAUCAAUGACAUCAGGGAGUGUGUCCAGCGACAGUAGUGUCACACUUGCUCUGGCGGAUACACAGAUGCUGGACACGGUCACAAUGAACCUCAACGCUCAGGGCCAGCAGUUCCAAGGUGUGGUGUGUGAGGAAGGAUCAUCGGUGCAGCCGGCAAACACGGCGCAACAGGAUACGACUCAGACAGAAGAAUCCAAGGAGGCAAAUCAGUGUUUCUACUGCAGUAUGGAUUUUCCCUCAACGGCCAUGCUUCGUCGCCACUGGAGGAUCGCACACGGCAAAGAACGCUGCUACGUCUGCGGUGUGUGUAACAAGGCCUUCAAACGACAAACACACCUCAAGGAGCAUGAGUUUGUCCACACCAACGGUCCAUCCCUGAGCUCUCAAAAGCCACGUCUUUUUAAGUGUUUUAACUGUGAAAAAGCGUUCGCCAAGCCGAGCCAGCUGGAAAGACACAUCCGAACACAUACAGGUGAGCGGCCCUAUAAGUGCGAGCAGUGUGAUAAAGCAUUUAAUCAGAAGAGUGCGCUGCACAUCCACAACGUCAAACACACCGGCGAGAAGCCGUACAAGUGCGAGGUGUGUAGUAUCAGCUUCACACAGAAGAGCAACAUGAAGCUUCACAUGAAAAGGUCUCAUGGCUUUGCUAAACCGUUGGAGGACGGAGCAGAGGCAGACCGAGAGCAGGAGUGUGUUUCUGAGGCAGCGCAGGCUCCGCCCCCUAGAGACGAAACCUCAGCAGGACUGCAACUGCACACGACAGACCAGGAAACAGAGCCACACUGGCAGGUCUUCCCCUAAGCUCUAACCACUCCACUACAACCCACCCACUCAUUCCCUACUGAACCUGAACUCUAAAGCCCCUCUACUCAUCUCUACUUCUUACGCAUCACCCAGUCCCUAUUUGCAGCUUUAAAAGGUCCCCAAACCCC